AUGGGAAAAGCUGACUUUGGAACAGCUAAGUACCAGUCGAAGCAGCUCAAAGCUUCAGGCUUGCAAAAACUACGAUAUUACUGCCAAAUUUGCGAAAAACAAUGCAGAGACGCCAAUGGGUUUAAGAAUCACCUACUGUCACCUUCGCACACGGGACGCAUUUCUAACUUGAGUAAGGAUGGGAAGGCUAGGUCUGUUGUCGAACAGUAUCUGAGUCAGUUUGAGGGAGAUUUCCUAAAACUUCUACGAAUCAAUCAUGGCACAAAGAAGAUCAACGCCAAUAAGUUUUAUCAGGAGUACAUUCUCAACGAUAAAAACCAUGUUCACAUGAACGCUACACGAUGGAAUACGCUCACGAGUUUUAUUAAAUAUCUAGGGCGAACAGGGAAAGCUCGAGUAGAGGUACCAGAAGACGCGGACGAUGAAUUCAAUCUCUUAAUAAGCCUAAUAGAUCAUCUGAAAUUGAAUACCAAAGAGUCGAGGGAGAAGGACCUCAUAUCCGAUGAGUAUAGAGCCAACAACUUCAUCCAGAUGCAAAUUGCGAAAGGGAAGGAGUUGCUGAGCACGCCUUCUUCAAUAAAUAAUGAUAUCAGCGAUGCAAGUUCCCAGUCUUCAAAAGCGAAUGUGGCAAAACCAGUCAGUUUAUCACUCAAGGGACUCUCUAAAGCGAGGAAGAUCACACCGGCGGCAUUUGACAACGAUUCAGACGAGGAUGAGUAA